AUUGGGCCCCUAUGAAAACUGACUGAACAUGGCCACGUUCACCAGGGAGCCCCAGGUAUCCUCCGGAUCUUGCACGAGAACAAUGCCUACAUGGAGAAGUACAAUCGUCAGCAAGUAGCCAUCGCCGGGGAUGUCCAGGUAGCGGCAACAAUCCAGUUCGCUCAUGCCGUGGUAAGGAGUCUCCUAGAGAAUGCAACACUGGGCAGAAGGCGUCGGAGUAGGCUUAGCCAAAGUAUUUUGGCCGCGAUUAACAACGAUGUACCCAUUGUGAUUCCCUCUGGUAUUAUCCUGGAGCAGGAGUCUCGGGAGUCGGUUGAUCGGAUAAUAAGCGAAACGAGAGCCCAGAUCCGCAACUCGUUGAGAUACCUGAAUCCUGAAGAGGGUGAGCAAGUGAACGAGCGCGACUGCUUCAAGCCAGACGUACACUUUGUUGUGAACCAACAGCAUUUGUUCAAAUUGGUGCCAGUGCCAUCCUGCACACGAAAGUACAUCACUAUCACGGAGCCUAUCUUGAGGAUUUUGCUUCGCCAGGCACGUUUGCCCUCCCGCUUUACCGGAGGAAAUUCCUUUGAAUAUGCCUUUGACUUUACAAAAGUCCGAUCUGGAAGUGAAGGAUUUGGUGAUUUGAUUGAGACUGAUGGAUAUGGGUGUAAUGUCCAUUUAUUCCGCAGACGGUGCUCUCAUGGAUCCUCGUCUGAUCUUGAUGAGACUGAUUUCCAAGAGUGGGAACUGGAAUUCGUGCGCCUGUGGGGUGUUGAUCCCGGUCUCAGCGAUGUCUUUGUGGCCAACGAUGGGUGUAACGUCGGAACCAUUGAAGGUGCUCAACAGCAGUCAGUGGAUGCUCCGCACGAAAUUCGACAAAUGAGCACGGUCGAAUAUUACACCAAGGCGUAUACAAGCAAUCGAACGCCCUCAUCAUGAAAUGGAAAGAACGCGAUGAUGUGGCGGACCUCGAGCGUACUAUGGCAAGUUCCCAAGGUCACGAACAUGGAAUCG